CUUGUACAUACGACCACAGGGUGUGGAGAACAGGGCUUCCCGUCCGCUCAGCCGUACUUAAGCCACACGCCGGGAGCGAAUCCCUUCUGUUGUAUGUUUUUGAUAUCUAAUAUCUUAUUAUCACUUUCGACUCCGCAUCGUCCAUUUCGGCUGUUGCUGCCACACUCCCCAGUUCAACCUUGGUUCAUGCCGAGCCCAGUUGUUGGGUUACCGUCAUUCAGAUUGUCCCGCAACGACCCGCAGAAUAUGGGGUUAUAUUAUUCGAAUGAAUGUCCUUGUAACUGA